AUGUCUACCUUUACCGCAACAGGAACGCCUACGACAACCUUAGUCCCUAGCACCACUUCAUCUCUAGAAGCACGAUGCACGACGGCACUCCCGGGCAAGUAUGGGCACGUUCCAAGCGACGCAUGCAACUCUUACUACCCAUUCGAGCCCAAUUUUGAAGGCAACAUCGCUUUCGCUGCGGUUUUCGGACUCUCUAUGAUUGCACAUCUCAUCCAAGCAUUCGCUUAUCGAAAGAAAUUCUGCUGGGUGAUUGUGGUUGGCGCUUCGUGGGAAACGACAGCCUUCAUCCUCCGAGCACUCGGGUCUCGGGAUCAGCAGGAGAUGGGUUAUCAGAUUGGCGGCCAGCUCCUCUUCCUCCUUGCACCACUAUGGAUCAACGCGUUCGCUUACAUGAUGGCGGCCAGACUCGUGUACUUCGUCCUGCCAGACCAGAGAGUGCUCCGAAUCAAGGCCACCGCACUCACAAAGAUAUUCGUAGCGAUAGAUAUCGUGUGCUUUCUCGUGCAGGCCGUCGGCGGCGCCAUGAUGUCCAACACGGAUGUUUCGCCGGACGACCCCAUCCUACGCAUCGGGCAGAAGGUUUACAUGAGCGGCUGCGGUGUCCAGCUCGCCUUCAUCAUCGUCUUCUGCGGGCUAAUGGGGCGGUUUUAUGUGAAGAUGCGGCGGGCACAGAGGCUCGACCUCAAUAUGAAACGGGUCAAGGCCCUGGUGUGGGUGAUGUACGUGGUAUUGUUCCUCAUCAUCAUCCGGAUCAUCUUUCGACUGGUUGAGUUCGGUCCCGGCGCGGACAUUGAUAACCCUAUUCUUGCCAACGAGAACUUCGCGUUCGGGCUGGACGCACUGCCCAUGGUUCUCGCGCUCGUCCUCCUCAACGUCGUGCACCCAGGCAUCGUUCUCAGAGGCGAAAACAGCGAUUUCCCAAGACUGUCGAGAAAGGAGAAGAAGCACUUGAAGCGGGAGAAGAAGGAAGCCAAACAGGCUGCGAAGGCGGAGAAGAAGCAGAGAAAGUCUGGCAAAGUCGUGGAAGACGGCCAGGUCUUCUCUUUGGAGGAGAGACCGCUGGCAAUCACUGGCUAUGACACGGACGAGCGAACUGAUGCGCGAAGGUAG